AAGCCAGACUCUUUCUAACGACAUCGGAAUUUCCUUUGGCUUGUACUUCUUGAAAUCGAAAGAAUGGGUGUUGGCAACUUAUGCUUCGAGUUAAUGACGCUCUUGUCAACUCCCUGUGUCGAGGGGUGGGAAUUUAAUGGGGUUUACCCUGCUCUACAAAUAGGGAACGGAUUUUUUUAAUUUUGACCCAAAGCCAGCCCCCUAGUGCGGAACGGUUCAAAGUGUGUUACACCUGACGGGUGACGUCACAGAUGAACAGCCAAUAAAAGCGAGUGAAACGCUUUGAGCUGAAUCGCUCUCUAAACUCCCAACAGUAUACACGGACUACAGAACAAGUUCUGUUGUCGCAAAAACAACAUCAACAUCAUCGUACACCUCUGCCUGACUAGGCUUUCGAAAAAAUGCCGAAAGCUUUCUUAGUGAAGAAGAAGACAGAGAAGAUCAGAAAGCUGCCUUCGAACGCAAUUAUUUCCAGCCCGAGAGAAGGUUAUAAUCAAGAUUUACAACAUGCUACUACACCGCCGCUUAUCAACACAAUGCUUCACAUGCCGGUCGAAAUGAGCUGGGAAAAGAGACUUUUCACCUAUCCCGCCGAAGUUUCGAGCCUCAGCGUACUGAGAGAAAUUCCAAAGAGUGUUUCCGUGGAGUCUAACGAAAAACAACCAGGCAUAAGGAGCGUUGAUGAAAAUGGCAAUGAGAUUGCCCCGGGGCAAACAGCGCGAAAUCACUACCAGUGUCAGGAGUGCUGCAAAAAUUAUUCAUCGCUGACAUCGCUUCUGAGACACCAACAAUAUCAUUGUCAUCCGCACCAGAAGCGACCGUUCCAUUGCAAAUACUGCGACAAACUUUACGUGUCGCUUGGAGCGCUUAAAAUGCACAUUCGGACACAUACACUGCCUUGUAAGUGUCAAAUCUGCGGGAAGGCAUUCAGCCGGCCGUGGUUACUUCAAGGACAUAUACGAACACAUACAGGUGAAAAGCCCUAUAAAUGCCCGAAUUGCCAGCGCGCUUUCGCAGACAGAUCGAAUCUUCGUGCGCAUCUACAGACACACUCGGACGUGAAAAAGUACAGCUGUGGUCUUUGCUCCAAAUCUUUUUCAAGAAUGUCACUACUGCUUAAACAUGAAGACAACGGCUGCCCUGGCAAUAACACUUAACACGAAAACCUGAUUAACUGUAUUCCAGAACUUUCGAUUCGCUAGCAAAGCUCACCAAAUCGCGCCAUGAUAAGGUUAAAUGGCUUAUCGGUGCUCAAAACAAAAAAAUCACAGUUGUGACUAAAAUGUUGGAAAUGUUUUCCUGAAAGAUGUUUUUGUUCAAACGAAAGAUGACAAUGGAAUCGACCCGUAGAGAAGCCGGUCUUAAAAAAAAAAUUUUUUAAUAGGCUCUGGUGUAGAGAAUAGUCCGAUUAAAGUAAUAAGGUCGCCGGAAUUUUACAGAGAAUAAGAUUGACUUUUCCAUAACAAUUGACAAACAAUCCAGUCUUUGCAAAUGCAUUUAAGAGCAUUUAAACUCUAGGAAAUUGCAACAAGGAACUCGUCACUAAAAACUAACUUCUAUCAAGAAAGGAAAUCGCAGAGAUGUUUUCCAUUUCAGUAAAUUGUACACCCAAAAAUCGGUAGAAUGUAGGUGCAGAGAGAUCGUUUAUAAAUAAAGACUUCAUUUCAA